AAGAGCAAACUAAAUAGAGAACUACAGAAAUAAGAAAAACAUGGCAUGUUUUGCACGUAUUAAAGAAAAAUCAAACAUGAAAAUGAUUAAAAAUAUAGAAUACGUGGUAUUAAUAAGUGCAGUAUUAUUGAUAACGAGAAAUGUAGAUGCACAAACUGAACUUGAAAUAAAGAAUAUAGCAGCCGGAGAAUAUUCAUACAAUUAUCACACGUAUGAUGGCGGCUUCCAACUUAAAAGUGAGACUGCUAAGCAUGAUGACAAGGGAGAUCUGAUAGUCGAGGGCCAGUACAAAUAUGUAGUUGACAACAAACGAUACGUGGUAAGCUACACGGCUGACAAAAAUGGCUAUCAUGCAAAAGUUACCAUCGAGGAUUAUUCACAGUCAGCUUUUAGUGCGCCCGUCAGCCCUGGCCUAUUAGCAACGCUCGUCGGCAAAUGAUCGAAAUUGUUCAGGUCUCCCUCGACCCGGGUCUAUUAGCGACGCUCGUCGGCAAAUGAUCGAAAUUGUAAUAAAAAUUACUAUAAUAA